AUGUCGCGCGUGGACUUCGCAGAGGCGGCGCUCGUGCGGACGACGGCUUUGGAGCAGGUGCCCCGAGUGCAAAAGGUUCUGAACCGGUUGAUCGAGGAGUUUACGCUGCUCGCCACGUGUCUUCGCGCGUUGUGCAAGGACGUCCGGCCGUCCGAACCCUUCGCCACCUUCCCAAAGCUCCAAGCGGCCCAGCGCGCGCGCACGCUGCGCAGGCCUUUAUGGAGCGAAGGCCGAGCUCGUGCGGGUACUUGGCAGCAACACGGAAAGCGUCCGCUAUCAGCUGGGCCUGUUUCGAGCGGUCCGGGUUGUCCCAGCUGUCCGAGUCGCUGUCCGGGAGGGGUACCUUUAGCGGUACCUGUAGGGGAACUUCAGGUCGCCAGCCGCUCGAUCGUUCGUCUUGCAGGUCUGCUCUUCUGA